AUGGAUGCCGACAUAAAAGCAUUCCUGCCGCUGCACAAGCAACCUUCUGAGCCUACAGUGGGAUGCUUAUCCACCAGCUUUGAUCGUAGUUCAUGCGGUACUUUCGACUCUUGCGAACCUUCUCUGGUCCCGUACUCGUAUUCUUCGUCAGAGGUGGGAGAAGAUUAUGGAAGCUUCGCUGAUAAUAUUUUGGGCACUCUGGACUCCUCCAGCCGCUUUCAGAAGGAAUCUGAGAGUCGGAUUAACUUUUCAGACGAUUUUUUUGACAACAACUUAGCUGGCUAUGAUGAACAUGAAAGUUUGGUGGAAAACGGAUCUCAAAAGCGGGGAAGAGGCCCAAGACUUGAUGGAAAAAAGACUCUGUUGUCGUUUAAGGAAUUCGACAACACUUACUUCAAAUUGGCACGUCAUUUCAGGAUCAAAACUAUAACCAUGAGUGGAGGUCGAAGCAUCCACAUGAGGUAUGUCAAUUUUGGUUGUUUUUGGUUUGGUUUUUAUGUGUGAUAGCUAGAUUAUGAUGUAACAGACGCCAUAGUAGCUGUAGAGAAUUUUCAAAGGAUGUUUCGAGUCCAAAAUUGAGGAGGCAACGUCAAAAUUCUGAUUUUUGUCAAGUGUAAUAUACUUUUUGUCAGUAAAGCCGGGUUCUGACGGAAUUUCAUGCGGAAACGCUUGCAUAAGAUCCGCUGAAGCCUAAUGAACCUUUCCUUUGCAGAUGCCGCAAUGCCGGCUGCAAGCGUCGCCUUCGCUUCUCCUAUCUCGAAAAUGGAGUGUUGAUGGAUGAAGACAUUGAAUUCCAGCACAACCAUCCUCUCAGCGAUGAGCCUGUCGAAGUUCUCUUGCCCGAAAUUCCUCUGCCAAUCCAGCGGAAGGUCAUUCUACUCCACAAAACCCAUCCGGAAUACUCGAAUCGCGAGAUUUUGAGUUGUCUGAAAGCCGACUGCCACGGACAAGGGAAGCGGUACCAGGUUCCGAAGAGCUACAAAUUCAUUGGUCACCUCAUCAACUUGGUUGAGAAGGAGGGCGAGUUUUGGCCCAAUCCGGAGACGCCGGCUAUAGAAGAGACUUUGAGCCAGCUAGUUCUUGGUUUAAAUGACCAAUCUUCAUCUUCGGAUGAAAGUGGUGAGUAGUAAAGUUGCUGUAAAAUACUUUGUUGGUAAGUUUUAAAAAAGGUAAUCGGCCAUUUUCCUGUCAACCCGUCGACUUUUCGCCUUAUAUAAUCAUUUGUGACAUUUCGUCAAAAAAAAUCAAUUUUGACAUUUCGCAAGUGGGAAAUUCUGCGAUUUUCACUUAUUUUCGCGCCAUUCAGGGAGUUUUCUCCUAUUAUUGGCUUGAAAAUUGCCUGAUCUUUGUAGGAUUCUGUGAAAAAUUGUUAGUUUGCUCUCUCAUGCAGUGUAAUAUCUUUUCCUCCGAUUUUUCGUCGAUUUUCUCCCAAAAAAUGUUUUGUUAUUGAAAAAUUUUUUUGUUAUGGUGUUGCAGAGAUGGCUUCCACCCAUGGAUCACUAAUUGACGGCUGUCAGGCUAUUGUGGAAGAGACUACGGACACAAAACUUGAUGAUGAUGCCGCUAUGUUAAUUGCUCAAUUUGCUGUAAGUCUUUGGAUUGAAUUUGUGUUUAUGUGUUUAGGAGACAGCUCUGAAAGCAAUGUUGCGAGAAUGCUGCUCAGAAGUCGCUGGUAAAGAAGAUAAAGACAUAACUUACGAUACUAUUGCUGAUGUGGUCCAAACUCGAAAAAAUUUCGAGCCAUUAGCAAUGUCCUUCCCGAAAAAAGUUUUGGUGGAGGAAGUGCAUUCCCUGAGGAAGAAGGCCAAAGAAGCAAAUUGGACCAAGGUCCCCGGAGCAAAGAGACCAACCCUAAAAAAGAAAGGGAAAGUAUCUAAAGUAAGAUUGAGUUUUUCAUUUGAUUUCUUCUGUUUUUAGGUGAUCAAGUUGAAGUCUCAAUCUACUCCAGAAGUUUCUAAACCCAAAUCCAGGAAAAGCGCCACGAAGCAAGCGGAUAAAACACCAAAUAAUAAAUCGGACAAGCCACAGAAGAGGAUCAAGAAAUUAAAGCCGAUUUCUCCCAGAAAAUCCGAACUCACUCAACAUGAUUUGUCACAUAACGACACACAGAACAUUGAGAAUGCAUCUACCGUGAAUUCACAGGAUUCGAACUUGGAUAUCACUUCUUCUAACAGCGAAAACGCGGAAGAUUCGACUCAAAAAUCGGGUCGGCGCAAAUCCCGCAUCGAUUACAAGCAAAUGGCCUCAGGCAGAGUUGAGUAAGCGACCUUUUUCUACACUAGCGAACACAUGCAACGGGUUAAUGAGUACAAAAAUGCGAAUUUCUUUCAUCUCCGAUCUAUGGGUGGAACGCUGCCGAAUAAUGUAAUUAUAGAUUUGUGUAUAUAUCCUUACAUAUCGAUCUCAUCCCUCCGAAAACCUCUCAGAUUAUCACAGUCUUAGAUUUUGAUACCAAAUACUUCCAAAUCUUCCCAUAACUUUUUCAAAAAUUUCCCGGUCUCAGAUUGAAUAUUAUUAAAAUAAAUUUGGUUGUGAAUGUGAGAAAAAUUGCCGAGCGAACCGGUUCAUUAUGCCUAGAGUAUCUUUGAAGUGUGUUCUACCCUAUUUCUAGAUGUUUCCGCCGCGGAAAGAGCAAUAAAGUGCGCCCACGGCUUGUUUACUUUGUUUUGUAAACAAGACGAGUGCCCCGAAAAGGGCGCACCAUUUCGACUACAUUUAGGGUUUAUUUUGCCCAAAUUUUAAGAGCCUUUGCUUUGCAAAGCUCUGUACUUUUAGUUUCGCAUUGAAUUUGGAUAAUUUGAAUUGAGUUUAGCGGCCAAAAAAUGUAGUUUUUGAGGCCCUAUAUGAGCAAGGAUAAUAUCGGAGAUUUUUGAAAAUUUUUUGAUGUUGUUGCCCGAUUUAAAGGCCGCACCUGGGUUUAUUAGCGGCGCAGUGAUGUUGGGCAGGCUGUAGAGCAUAGGCGCACCUCCACCUUGCUCCACCCGAAGUGCGGUUAUCCUUUUUUACAGCAGAAUUUGGCGCUGAAAGUGGGUUUGUUUGGACCCGCCGAAGGAAUUGUUUUUCUCCGGUGUUGUUGCAAAUGAAUGAACACAGUGAUUGCUGAGAGCCCCAGAGAGCCGGAGGAAAGAUUAUUUUCGCGCCUUGCCGUCUUAUUGGCUGAUUUUGGGCCCCCCUUAUAUUGUACUGGACAAGUGCCGGAACUUUCCCAGUUUUCUCAAAUUUUUUGUUGUUUAUUGUGUGCAAAAAGUGGUGUCCGUGAGUUCGAAGGCGGCAGAGAGAAGAAUUGGGUGGGUCCGGUGUUUUGUAAUAGAAAAUAGUCAGAGUUUUAGCAGUUUCUCAAGUUUUUUGCUGGAAAAUUACUGUUUUUUGAUGAGAAGUCUCAUUUUUCUCCUGUUUUUGUGCUUGACAUGGCUGUGGAAUGACGGUUGUUCAGCGAGCAGUGUUGUGAAUAUUAUUUUAUAGCGGUUGAGAACCUAUUUAAUAUAUUUUUAUGUUGUUUUAGACUAUUUUUCCCCGUUUGUUCAAAUUUUUAUUUUUAUUUCCUAAAAUAAGGUUGUCUAGUGGAAUAAUCGUUGUCUGGUGGGUCAGAAAAAUGUUGGGAAGUAGAAUUGAGCGAGUCUAAGCAGUCCGUUCGGUCUUUUAAAAAGGUUUUCAAGACUUUUUCCUCCUUGUACUUUGCAGGUCGGAAAAAGAGUAAAAGAAGAGAUAAGAAGGGCUGAUUUUAGCCCAAGAAAGAAUCAAUAAGACCUUUAAAAUUUAUUGAUGAGCUGUUAUUAGUAGUAUUGGGGGAUUCGACAAGAGUUUUGAGACAAAUUAUAUUAUCCAUGCCGGCUUGACAUGGAUAAUAUAAUUUGAAUAGGUUAAUGGAUGUUUAAAUGAAAAAUGUUUUUUGUUUAGAAGUGGAUAAAGUAGUAUCGUUGUUUUGGACCGCAUUUUUGGCGGUUUUAUUGAUAUUUGUCUUUUAUAUUAUCCAUGACAUGGAUAAUAUAAAGUAAAUAUGUUGUCGAUGUUUUUUGUUGAACUUUUGAUUGAUAAAUGACCUUUAAGGUUUAUUGAUGCUAUUGUGAUUUUUUCGCGAAUUUUCGAUGUGUUUUUGCUCGUUUUUUUACUAAAUUUUUGCCUUGUGUAAUGUAAAAAAAUUUUAGAUUUCCCCCGUUCAUCGAUAACUUUGUGAUCCUCCAAGAAACACUCGAAUCGUACUCCCGAGAACGAGUCACCGAAAUCCUUCGCGAAAUGGAGCGCGCCGACCACGACAACAACAUCUAUCUCGUGGAACGCCUGAUCAAUCGGAGAUGGCGUAACAACCGAGCCGAAUACUUUGUGAAAUGGCUGAAUUAUGGAGAAGAGGAGAACACCUGGGAGCCCAGAGCGAACAUCAAUGUGGCUCUGUGCGACCAAUAUGAUGCAGAACAUGGAGGACCUCUGCAGCCACCGGCUAAAUCUCCAAGAAAGAGAAAAUCCGACACUAGUCAGCCAAGUCCACCGAAAAAGACGGCUAGAGGAGCUCCAAAGAACAGAGAAUGUAAGUAGUUUUGUUUGACAUUUUGUGUUGACUUUUAGGAAAAAGAGAUUUGGAAGUUGAAGAAGGGCAGCUAAAAUGUGUUGUUUUUGACGAAUUUUGGUUGAAAAAACUAUUGAAGGUUGCCGAAUGUAAAACCAAUUUGCUUCGCAUGGCACGAAAGACUGUUUAAAAUCAAAUCCACCUGGCAUUUGUCAAAAACUUGCGUGGUUUCAGAUCAAAUUAUAUUGUACUAGACAGGUUUUGAGAAUAGUGCGAAAAUUCGAAAUUUUGUUGAUUUUUUGUUGCGAAUUUGAACUUUAAAGCAUCGUAAAUCUUUCAGCGAUUACUCCCUCUUCUUCCCGUCGCUCCUCCAGACGCCGGACCUUGAAUACCGACGACUCUAGCACCAGCAUUGAACCUACUCCCACUCCAGAGCCGACUGCCGAACAGAAGAAAGAGGAUGAAAAACCGGAAGAGCAACCUCUACUGGAGCCAGAACCACAAACUUCCGCCGAGAAAUCGGUGGAACCAGCGGCCGAAGAGCCCGCUGAAAGCGAGGACAGCCAACAAGGGGAAUUUGCGGAAGAACAGCCUGAACCUCUUCCGGAACAGGCCGAAGAACACUUUGAUCAGCCAACUGAGGUGGGUCAGAGUGUAUUCUAGGGAUAGAUAUUAGAGGAUUUGAUUAGAAUUGAGGUUAAAAUAUCAAAUCGACCAAAUUUUAUAUUGUUCUAUGUAUUUUUUGACAAUUUUUAAUUAUUUUUGGUUUCAGCAGCCCAUCCUUGAUCCGCCUGCUCCUCCAGCCAACGCGGAGCCCGUUGAUGACAUCCCAGAUUCUUGUAAGUGAUGUUUUCCUAAUUUUUUACUUGUGAUUUUUAGUCAUCGAACCACCGGAGGAGCCCAACCAGCCAGUUGAAGAAGCGCCUCUGCCGAAAGUGACCAGCUACUUGGUGUCCAAUGAAGCCAACCCCAAUGAUCAGCACAUUGUCCAGAUCUAUGAGAAUGCACCGCAGUCUUUGGAGGCGGCGGAUAAUGGACAAAUCGUCUCUGGGAAUGGCAAUGGGGAAGCUCAUAAACCUCAGGUAAGAUUACGGAAGUAAUGGUGAAUUUUGGGACGUAAAAGGUUUUCAAGUCAUAAAAAGGAGUAUUAGGACAAAUCGUGGAGAUAUAGUGAAGUUUUGAACUUAAAAUUGAGAUUGGUUGUCAUGGAUAAUAUAAAAAUAUUUUUUAAGGUUUAUUUUUUGGCGAGCUAUCGGUUGGAGUUGGUGAGUGGAGACUAAAAAUAGCUUAUAAAGGGCACUGGACCGAAUUUUUGGAUUUUUUUUUUCUUGUCCGAGCCGGAAAUUUUUGAGUUUUGUAAUGGAGAAUAUAAUAUCAAUGUCGUUUUUGUAGGCAGCUUAGGGAUUUUUAGGUGUCGGUGGGGAUUAGGGAAGAGUUAUCGGAUCUAACCGGAUUUGUACACGAUUUUUUUUUGCUAAAAAUUUACUGUUUUUUGUCAUGUAUAAUAUAAUGAGAUGAUUUUUUAAGAAAGAUUCGGUUGGUUUGAGGCCUGUAUUGUAAACUUGUGCUUGCAGGAGUACAACGGGAAUGGUGACGAGCUGAGGAACGCCGUGCGCACCGACGUCACCGUCAACAAUCAGACCUCCACCAUCUGGGAACUGUAG